GAAUAUGAACUGUGUUCUGGAAGGAAGUGGUGUAAAAGCGUUUGGGAAGGCUGUCCAUGCCCUGUCACGGAUUGGAGAUGAGCUGUGGUUGGAUCCCAUGGUUAGAGGGCUGGCACUGAGAUCAGUUAAUUCUGCUCAUUCUGCGUACGCCUGCUUCCUCUUCUCGCCGCUGUUCUUCCAGCACUACAGCCUGGGAUCCGUAUCAGAGAGGGGCCGGGAAUCAGUCAAUUGCAAACUGUUAAUGAAGUCAAUCCUACCUCUUUUCCGGUGUUUGACUUCGAUUGAGCGUAAUGUGGAGCGAUGUCAGAUAACAAUCAGCAUUCCCAAUGACCGAGUGAUGAUCCAGUUUUUCUGCAGGCACGGCAUCACUAAGACCCACAACCUAUGUUUCCAGGAGAGUGAAGCUCUGCAGGCAGUGUUUGCCUCACACCUCUGUCCCAAUGUGCUGAAAGCUCCUGCCAGGCUUCUUGGUGAUAUGGUGACGCAUUUCCCAGUGUCCCAGGAGGAAAUCACUCUGUCCAUGACUCCUCUGAGAGUCAGUCUGAGAAAUUACUAUGAGGGAGGAAACGAUCACAUGAAGAACAUGUUCACUGAGAUGUCCUUACACCCAGACGAGUUUGACUACUUUCAGAUCGGAGUGGAGUCGGAUAUAACUUUCUGUUUGAAGGAGUUGAGGGGUUUACUCUCCUUUGCAGAGUCACAUUCCCUUCCAGUGUCCGUCUACUUCGGUGCUGCAGGAAAGCCUGUGUGCUUCUCUGUGGAGGACAUGGUCCUGGAGGCCACUGUGGUGCUGGCUACCCUGAUCGACUCUGAAAGCAGGGGCCCCAGUCAGCCUACGGAGACGCUGGCCCCUGAUACAAACAGGUGUGCGGAUGUUGCCGUUCUACCUGUGGGUUCAUGUGAGGCAGACAUCAAUAAGCCUGAGGAUAUUCCUGCUGUGAUGGAGCUGAUAGCAUCGAGCCAGGGCAGCCCCAUAAUCAACCCACCCGCUCUGAUGCUGCUUCUGCCUCAGAUUGAAGAGCCACACGGGCCGGGUGUAGCUGACGAGGCCUGCGUCAGUGCCACCACCACGCCUGCUUCCUCCAUGGUCUGCUCCCUCCUGUUCAGGGCCGUAUCGUCUGAGCAGGACAAGGACGGCCGUGCUGCCAGACUGCCUGUUCUAGCAUGUUACAGUGACGAAGAGGAAACUAUGGAAGAAAGCAACAGAAGAAGCCCUACGCUCUGAUAACAGAGCUGUUACACAAGACUACGUUUCUCAAGUUUUUGUGAUACCUGUUAAAGUUA